CAAGUUGCGGAGCGGCAGUUCAAAUUUAGAUGCGGUGGAGAUAAGUGUUGGAAUUGUGCGAUGUUGCGCUUACACGUGAUUGCGGUGUGUGUAACUUACCUCCACUAUUCCAAUGCUUUUAUCGAGCAAUUAGUUUACAAAAAUCAAGUUCCAAAGUGCUGUUCCGAAGGUGAAGCUUUAGCGUUGGACCCCAAUGGAAACAAUCCGAGUUUACCCUAUCAGUGUACGUUCGACGUGAAUCGCACCUCGCACAUUCUAAUUAACGAAACACUCUCAUCAUUUCCUUGGGGUCUAUCCGAACGUGUAUCUUGCAUAGACAAUUUUAUCGGGGAGUACCCCGCGGAACGGAGGGUGGCUAUGGUGAAUGCCGAAACGUUCGAAAUGAACUUUUUGCGUUUGAGGCAAUUUUCGAAAUGCUGCCCCGUGGAUAAGGCGUACGAUGCGAUGACUCACGGGUGCGUUUUACUAGAAAAUGGGACAGAUACAAGCCUAGUUGAAGAUAUUCUGUAUGACUAUUUGGAUAAGCACCUUAUUUAUUUGAAUAUUGGGAUGUCGCACUGUAAGUCGGUUUUGGCGGAUUACGAGGUUCCGUCAUUUGAUGACAUUCUUUAUCAAAGUGAUGGCAGUGUCACGCUAGAGAAUCACAACAAGAACCUCAACAAUUACUGCAUCGACAAGGUCUUUGGUGGAGAUACCUUCAUUGUUCGGGGAUGCGAGGACUUUAGCGUGUGUAAAAAACAAGAAAAUGGUACUGGAGUUGGUUGUAUAGCAAAAUGUUGUGACGAUGGUUAUUAUUACAAGGAAGGAUCCAAAUGUCGAUUCGAUUUUAGUACGGGGAUGAAUUUAUUCAACGAUUCUAAAGUGAUCAGUCCAUAUGAGCCGUUUGCAAUUGUGCAAGGACAUAAUUGCACUCACUACAUUGUCGAUGUCGACUGGAAUUAUACCCUCGACCGUAUGGGAUUUCUCAAUUUGUAUUUGGACGACGAAAUUGAACAGCAUCCGGGCAUCGAGAAUCAGUAUUGUUUUGAAGAAGUUGAUAUUGGAGCAACAAAAGGCAGGCGGCUGUUUUUAUGCUUUAAGGAAGACACAAACGAAGCCAUUAAAUUUCAAAUAUACAGGAUAUUCUUAGUGUUUUCGUGUGUAUUCCUUAUUUUGACGUUGGUGGGAUAUAUUUGUUUGCCCGAAAUGCAAAAUCUGCACGGAAAGACUUUAAUGUGCCACUGCGGUAGUUUAUUGGUUGCAUUUAUUAUACUAGCUGUACUUCAAUUUUUCCCCAAACAUGAAGGUGCUUACUGCAAAACAAUGGGAUAUAUUACAAUGUACACAUUCCAUGCUGCAUUCAUGUGGUCGAACGUGAUGUGUUUUGAUAUAUGGUGGACGUUUGGAUCGAUGCGUGUCGAUGGAAUCAAUCAAAAAAAGAGAGAGAGGAAGAGGUUUUUAUGGUACUGCUUGUAUUCCUGGACGAUACCAUUGGUCAUCACGUUGUCGGCAUUCACUGUUCAGGAGUUUAAAUCGUCGCUACCCGAAUCCAUGGAACCGCUUGCACCAGCGCUGGGAGACUUUUCUUGUUUCUUUGAAGAAUCAACCAACUUAGUGGCGUUCCUAGUGUGGUUUAUGCUACCAAUAGCAAUAGUGUGUGUAUGCAAUACGUUUUUCUUCGUGAAAACCAUCAUGUACUGUUAUAAAGUGAAGAACGAAAUUGAAAAAAUGAUGGAUUCAAACCUUAGCAAAAACGAAUGCAAUAAGAUCUUAAUAGCUGACAAAGAAAGACUAAGAAUGGUGGUUAGGCUAUUGUUAGUGAUGGGGAUCCCGUGGAUGUUCGAAGCGAUAUCCGGCGCGUGCAUACCUCCAGAUGCGGGGGGUCCAUUGGAAGUUGUUGAAAUAAUAUUUGACUCCAUCAACGUGUUACAAGGAUUCUUUAUUUUUUGUGUUUUCGUUCUUAAAAUGAAGUUUUUAAAGGCAUUAAAAAGAAGAUUUACUGGUAAAAAGCGUCCUCAUCGAAUAAUACGAAGUAAUUAUUCUGGAGUUACUGCAUCUUCCUAUAUUGAUGUAACAUCACCUAAACUAGUUAACAUUAGCACUUAACUAUUUUUGAGUUCCUGAAUGUCUAACACUGUUUGCUGACUCCCUGUUGACAUAUUUGUGUAAUUGUACCUACACGAAAUAGUUGGUGUUUUUAACUUUAGGACUUUUUGUAGGUGACACGUUUAGUAUUUGGGGAUUAUUGAACUGAACUGAUAAGUCUGAUAGUACAAAACUAGGUAAAGUGUAAGUGUUAGUGUAGUAGCUUGUGUGCUUAAAUAUUCCAUUUCCUGUACAUGAUGUCAUAAUUGUAUACCUAAUAGUCAAUGUUGUUGGUCCAUUUCCUGGAUUUGCUGGAAAACCACUAAUCAUCUACUUAAUGUGAUUUAUAAGUUAUAACUUAGUGUAAUACAAAUGCAGUGGUUAAGAUAUUGGUAAUGGUAAUGUUUCCACACAUUUGUCUUCUUCACAGAAAGGCCACUUGGGCUUUACAUACCACCAACUAUUUCUUGCUCUGCAGUUGUAUGUAAUAACAAAAUCGUGUACUAUUUUUAUAUAUUAUUUCAGAAAUCGAACAUUUCUUGCCAGAUCGAGCGUAUCUACCAUGCGCCACCGUUUAGGGACAUGCCAUGUAAUUUCUAAUCUAAGAAUUAUUGUGUAAUACCUACUUAUAAGUCUUAUUUAAUAUUAUAUUUUUAUACUUAUAUAUUGUGGCCUUUAAAACUGAUUGUGUGAUGUAUAACAUAAACAGGAGUUAAGUAAAUCUAUUUUGGGAACAAUAAAUGGAAAGCUGCAUGAUGUACACUAAACAAUCACCGUUGUUGGCAAGAUUUCGUGCGAUAAUACUAAUAUUUAAAGUAUUGUAAGUUUAUUUAUUUUAUAAUUAUCUACAAAUAUCUCAGUGAAUCUCCGGCAAGGGCGUCCCCAGCUUAGGAUCUGUGUACUACCAUGGAAAUACCUACCUAAUAUUUCUAUCACUGUCUUUAUUUUUCCUGUUUAAACUUUGUAUGGAAGUAGCAACUGCCUUCCUCCUUCGGUCUAGUGCCUGUGGACGUCCAUGAGAAAUGAACGUUUUUGGCACUUUUUUUUAUUUGCAACCUUUGCGACAUUAGUAUAUCAUUCCAUGUCAUGUAAUGGCCCUUUGAUAAUAAAUAAUAAUAAAUGUUUACUACGUG